GCUUCAGUACAUCUGGACGUGAAAAGUGAAUACGUUUUCAAAAGACUACCUGGGGUUGAGGAACGAAAUUCGUCAAUAUUGGGGAUUUUCUUAACCUUAAUUUUCGGACCUGUUGAUACCUUGUUGGUGGGCGAGCGUUCAAGGUAAGGGAACAGGCAUAUCGUUUUACGUUCAUGACUCAUGAAAUCAAUAUGAAGCUUGUGCCAAGUAUCACAUGAGUCAGAAAAGUAUUGGAAACUUUAAAGGCCACGCUUCUUGGAUGAGAAACGAAGGGGGAGGAGGAACAAAGGUUGUUCACCCUCUUAUGAUCAAUCCCUAAUCACUGACAUAUUUGCCUGACUCCGCCUCUCCCUGGUUCUUGUUUAAGUUCAAUGGCAUGUUUCAUGUUCCAUAAGAUCCAGACAAAAAGAACAAGCAAAAAAAAGGAGUGGCCAUGUUAAAACAAAGCGCCUGCAAAUCGCCAAAACUAGAAAGGAUUGGGUUUGGCCUUGCUUUUUUACUUUGGUAUGAUGCGAUUUUUUUUGUAGAAAAAGAACAAUUUUUCAGCAGUAAAUAAUCAAUCAAAGAGCGCAGCACUCAAAUCCUCAUAAUUAUUUGUUCUCUGUUAUAAACUCAAUAGAGAGGUAAAAGCACUUGAGUUACUAAAGGAAGAGAUCGCAAAUCUAGCCAUGUCCAAGAAUUGCAAAUUGCAUUUUCUCUCCUCACUUAUAUUUGGCAUUUGGCUAGUGGCAUCGAUUUCUCAACCCACUUGGAUAACAGGUGACAUUUACGUAGAAGCCCGUUUCAUCAAUAGCAAAGGUUAACAGAGAGCUCCUUUUCAUUGCUCAGGCUAAGAAGAGACAAGCCAAUCCAUGACGUUAUCAUUAUGGCGUAAACAUGUUGGAAAUGUCCUUGGCCGAGUCUCUAGUUCCAAACUGGCAAACUGCAAGUUGCACUUGGUGGAAGCGAAAGCGCCUUUCAAUCCCUCCUCCUAGUUGUGGUAUCUUCAAGUUGCCCAGUCAGAAAAAGUUUUUCCCUCAUAGCAUGCAAUUUUACAGUCAAUCCUGAGCCGAGAAGUGCAUACAUGCAUUUACCAAACUCGGACUGGCCACAGUGCAUGUCAUCUGAAAUAAAAGGUGUGCAAUUCCAUUGAAAUCUCUUAUACUUUUAUGCUUCUGAUUGAGGGGGCAAUAAUGCAAUCAGGAAGUCUUUGGUGAAUGUGGAACAAUAAGAACAUUGGCUCACAUGCCUUGUUCCAUAAUGUGUGUGCCGGCAAGUAACCAAGCCAGGCAGGAUGAAACGCUCCCUCUUUAAUUGUCUGUGCGUGUCGACGCACAUUUGAAAUGGAACAGCGAAUAUGACAACUCCCAGAUGGGAAAAUCAGUUCCAUCAAGACCUCCCACCUUUCAAGAGUGUGACUUUUGCCACAAGGAAUUUGGCUCAAGGUCCUUGGAGCUCCACUUAGCCAGGUGUCCGGAGCGAGACGGGCACGUGGAACAAGUCAUGCAGCCUCUGAAGAGGCUCUCAUUGGAUGAGGAGAUCGAGAUCAACCUCAGUGACGACCUCACCCAAUCAUGGCCUUCUCGGAAGCAAUCGCAAAGACGAGUCCGCCGAAAACGACGAGAAUCCGUCUGGCGGGCCGAAAGGCCCAAGACGGCCGUUCUGAUGCAUCCAGCCAUUCUGGACGAGACAUUGAAGGAUAAAAUUGACAUGACUUUGACCAAAAAACAGUUUCUAGCCGCUCUCAAGCUCUGCAACGACAACGUGGUUUCUCAAAGACCAAUCCCCGUGAUGAGGAAGAAAUGGGCGCCCGUGGGUUUCAAAAGAGAUCCUCAGGGUCCCAGACUCCCCUCAAGACGAGUCCGCAAUCGCACCUCACCCAUCAGUGAAUACAGAAGCCGACAGGAUCAAAUCUACGGGCGAUCAACCAAGAUUCCUCUUCAUAUCAACAGGCCCAGGACGUCCACCGUUAACAAGCCAGUCAUCAAGCAGGUUGAUUUGCCAACCAUUGAAUUGCCAAAUCCCGCUCUCAAAGUGAAAGCCAAGAUGAAGGCCAAGAAUGCCAAAAAGAUUGACAAGCCAGAUGAGAAAGUACCUGAACCCUGCCGGAGUUGUGGCCGAUCUGAUCUGCCCGAGCGAUUUCACACCCAUCCGCCGUUGGAGGCCUCCAGAUCAGAGGGUUCCAAGAUCCCAAUCCGUCUUUACUCUCCCCCUAAAAAGAUCACCUCACUCGAAGACCAACUGAAACCGGACGACGGUUCGCAAGACAAGCCUAAUAAGGCCAGGACCAGGAAAACAGACAAGAGAUCUAGAUCACCGAAGAAGCCGUUGAAAAGUCUGGAAGAUCCGGGACAUUCACUUCAAGCACUUCACAACCAACGGUCUUUGGAUAGGGUUUCUCUCACGGAUGACUCCGAUAACACCGUCAGUACCAGCAGCAACAUUUCAAGCGGAAGCACUGGAGUGACUUCAUCCAAGUCCCAAACACACGUCACAUGUUCCAUAUGCGGGAGGCAAUUUGGAAAAAACUCAUUUCGGUUCCAUGAACCACAGUGCCAAAAGAAGCAACAAGCCUUGAAGGAAAAACAAGAGAAGGAAAUGCUCGAAGAAAAGAGAACCAAUUCUUAUUACAUUGAUCCUAGCCCAGACGACAACUCCUAUGAUGGAACAUUUGACGCCAUUUGGGAAGCACACGUCCAGCAAUUGGUCGCAUGUUCCAAGUGCUCAAGGACGUUUUUUCCCGAUCGGAUUGAGGUCCACGAAAGGAAUUGUAAAGGCACAGCUGUGAAUUUAAAGGCCUCUCCGACCAAAGUGUCCUCGAUAAGUUCGCCCAACCUGGCCGAGAUCAUCAAAGAGUCAGUGGAUGAAGUUGGACAACAAGAUGCACCACCCCACGAAACUCUCUCACCGUCCCCGGCCUCUUCACCCUCCAAGUGGAACGAGAAUAAUGACAAUGGGCAGACCGAUCAAGACUGAAGACCAAACUCUGUGAUGCUUGAGCUCUUAUUUUCUGCAUUUCGUAACUUUAAUCAUGAAUAAACGGCAUUCAUGAAACAUU